AUGAAGAGCUUCUCUAAGCGCGAGGCGGACAGGAGGACGUUCCUGGAGCAGGUUCGGGAAAGCAAGGAGAAUGGCUACCUCCUCUCUUCCAAGAAGAUAGGCUCGGGAGCUUUCUCCAAAGUCUACCUGGGUUAUGCCACCCAAGAGAAAAUGAUGCAGAACUACAAGCUGGCCUCAGACCUCAGGAGCAAGCGGCACUCCAUGGUUGCUAUAAAGAUCAUCUCAACGGCAGAAGCACCUGUAGAAUAUACCAAAAAGUUCCUCCCAAGAGAAAUCUACUCCCUCAAUGUUACCUACAAGCAUCUAAAUGUGAUCCAGCUCUACGAGAUGUACCGGAACAGUAAGCGCACCUACCUGGUCCUGGAACUGGCCUCUCGGGGAGACCUCCUGGAGCACAUCAACGCCACGUCCGACAGGAGGGAGCUUCCUGGGCUGGAGGAAGAGGAGGCGCGAAGGCUUUUCCGACAGAUUGUCAGUGCCGUGGCACACUGCCACAAUGUCGGCAUCGUCCACAGAGACUUGAAAUGUGAGAACAUUUUACUGGAUGAACGUGGCUUCAUUAAGCUGACAGAUUUUGGGUUUGCCAAUCGCUAUUCCCUGAAGAAUUCCCUAAUGAACACCUUUUGUGGCUCCGUGGCCUACACUGCCCCUGAAAUCCUCAUGAGCAAGAAGUACAAUGGGGAGCUGGCUGACCUAUGGAGCCUUGGGGUGAUCCUCUACGCCAUGGUGACAGGGAAGCUCCCCUUCAAGGAGCGUCAGCCUCACAAGAUGAUCCACGUGAUCAAGCAGGGACUGGCUUUCCGACAGCCCAUCUCACCAGAAUGUCAGAACCUGAUUGAGGGUUUGCUUCAGCUGAAGCCGGCUGCCCGCCUGGGCCUGCAGCAAGUGGCCACGCACCGAUGGAUGCUGCCUGCCACGUCGGCCAUCUUCCACCGAGUGAUGAGCUCCAUGGGGGUCCACCCGGAGUGCAACCUAAGCCCAGAGAAGUCCCAAGCGAUACAAGCGGAGCCCCCGGGCGCCACGUCGCAGCUGCCGGACCUGGAGAGCUCGACCAAGGCGUCGGAGAGCGCCAAGGAGGGCCAAGUGCGGCCCACGCCGCGCGCCGCCUCGGCCACGGGCGCCUUCCCCGCGCGGGCGGCCAAGGUGGCGGCGGCGGCCGAGAAGAAGAGCAGCGCCGACGGGGCGGCCGGCGCCGCCAACUGCAUCCUCCAGCUGCCGUCGCCGCGCAAGACGGAGCGCCCGCCGCGCCUGUCGCUCUACCGGCCCAGCCUGCUCAGCAGCCUGCAGCCCUUCCACCACCUGCCCAACUUCCGAAAGCCCGGCUCGGGCUUCUCCACCAGCGCCUACGUGAGCAGCAAGCGGCUGGCCGACCGGGUGCCGGCGCGGGCGGCGGCGCUGGGCGCGGGCGGCGGCGGCGCGGGCGGCUCGGCGAGCCUCUCCAAGCAAGUGCACUCCCUCUACACCAUGACGCCGUGCCCGUGA